GGCCAGUGAGUGUGUGUUUGCUGCGUGCGAGUGUGUGUGUUGAACUGAGCGGAGGUGAAGAAGAGGAGGAUGAAGCUGGGAGCGGAGGAUGGGAGGAAGAGUGGAGUAAGAGACAGGCUAGCUGUGUGUGAAUGAGUGAGUGAGAGAGGAAGAGGAGAGGAAGGUCGUCUGAGGGACCGAAAACAAAGACUUCGAUUUUUUGGGGAUAACCUCCGGAACAUUACUAACGGAAACUUUCAACUUUUUACCCGCCACAGCUCGGCUCACAGUGCCCGGAGCCGGCUUUGUUUCACGGCGGGGGUGUCUACGAUAAAUGAAGGAAUAAAACAGAUCCCCAUCGACCUUUUUCUAUCCAAGUGGGGAAUACCCCGGGACUGAUUUUGCAAAAGGUUACGAGAGAAUGGCGGCCAACAUGUAUCGAGUGGGAGAUUAUGUGUACUUUGAGAACUCCUCCAGCAACCCUUACCUGAUCCGCAGAAUAGAAGAGCUCAACAAGACAGCCAAUGGGAAUGUGGAGGCGAAGGUGGUGUGUCUCUUCAGGAGGCGAGACAUCUCAGGCAACCUCAACACCCUGGCUGACAGUAAUGCAAGAGAAUUUGAGGAGGAGUCAAAGCAGCCGACGCUGUCUGAACAACAGAAACACCAGCUCAAACACAGAGAACUCUUCCUGUCUCGACAGUUUGAAUCUCUACCUGCUACUCACAUACGGGGAAAAUGCAACGUCACCCUCCUUAAUGAAACCGAUGUCUUGGUUGGCUACCUGGAUAAAGAGGACUGUUUCUUCUACUCGCUGGUGUUUGACCCUGUCCAGAAGACCCUGCUUGCAGACCAGGGCGAGAUCCGGGUGGGCUCUAAGUACCAGGCAGAGAUCCCUGAUAAGCUUGCUGAGGGUGAAUCAGACAAUAGGGUCCAGGAGAAGCUGGAGACCAAGGUGUGGGACCCCAACAACCAGCUCAAAGAUCCUCAGAUCGACCAGUUCCUGGUGGUGGCAAGAGCUGUGGGGACAUUUGCUCGGGCCCUCGACUGCAGCAGCUCCAUCCGUCAGCCCAGCCUCCACAUGAGUGCAGCUGCAGCCUCAAGAGACAUUACACUGUUCCAUGCAAUGGACACAUUGCAGAAGAACAACUAUGACUUGGCCAAAGCCAUGUCCACCCUGGUUCCACAGGGGGGACCAGUGCUGUGCCGCGAUGAGAUGGAGGAGUGGAGCGCCUCAGAGGCCAUGCUAUUUGAGGAGGCUCUGGAGAAAUACGGCAAAGACUUCAACGACAUCCGCCAGGACUUUCUGCCCUGGAAGUCUCUAGCCAGUGUGGUCCAGUUCUACUACAUGUGGAAGACUACCGACCGCUACAUCCAACAGAAACGACUAAAAGCAGCGGAAGCAGACAGUAAGCUGAAGCAGGUGUACAUCCCCACCUACACCAAACCCAACCCCAACCAGAUCAUGGUUCCAGGCAGUAAGCCUGGCAUGAAUGGGGCGGCAGGCUUUCAGAAAGGACUCAGCUGUGAGAGCUGCCACACGGCCCAGUCUCCUCAGUGGUAUGCCUGGGGACCUCCUAAUAUGCAGUGCAGAUUGUGUGCCUCCUGUUGGAACUACUGGAAGAAAUAUGGAGGCCUGAAGACCCCUACACAGCUAGAGGGUGCUGCUAGAGCUGGCUCCGAGUCAGGCCCCCGCGGUCACAUGACACGUCAGGAGGUCCAGGGCAUGUCACCGUUCACUCGCAACGAGGGUCGAGCCAAACUGCUGGCCAAGAACCGCCAGACGUUCAUCCUGCAGACCACCAAGCUGACCCGCAUCGCUCGCCGGGUGUGUGAGGACAUUCUGCAGCCUCGCCGUGCAGCACGGCGCCCCUACGCUUCCAUCAACGCCAAUGCCGUCAAAGCUGAGUGUAUGAUCCGGCUGCCCAAAGCCACAAAAACUCCUUUAAAGAGUAAGGUGGUGCCUCGACAGUCACUGGCCACGAUAGUGAAGGAUUUAGCCAUCUCAGCUCCUCUGAAACUGAAGGCAUCUAGAGGACCCCCGACACCCAUCAACAGGAAUCAGGCCAGCCAGCCUCGUGUGGGCCAAAGCCUGCUGGGAAAGAGAGGCUUUGACAGCGCUACAGGGGUGCCCUACCCAGCCAAUGGGAGGCCGUACACUUCAGGUAUGAGGACCACCUCUCAGUCGGUCAUCAAGAGGCAGAAGGUCAGCCAGGGAGAGGCACCCAACCCUGUGGUAUUUGUGGCUACGAAGGACACCAGGGCUCUGAGGAAACAUCUGACCCAGUCAGAGAUGCGUCGGGCAGCAAGGAAGCCUCAUCUCUUGGUUCGGAUCAAGCUGCCACUGCCCCCUCGCUCCCUGGCCAUGCCCCUGCUCCCCUCCAGCACCAGCGAACCCAUUGUCCUGGAGGACUGAAGAGAAGGGACUUGGGGGUCUUUCAGCAGGACAUGGGGAUUGGAUGGGAGGUGGAGAGGGCGGGUCUGUGCUCAAGCCAUCACUUAACAGGCAGCACAUUACGCCAUACCAGUAGUCUUUAUUUUCCCUCUUUUCAGUGUCAUUUUUCUUUAGUCCUCUGUUACUUCCCAAAAGUUGUGUCUAACACACACACACACACACACACACACACACACACACACACACACACAACUGUACAUUUCCAUGAAGUUGAACACACACAUCAACACGCUGAAACUCACACAACACCUUGGGCUUUGUAGUAUUUUAUUGCAAAUCCAGAAUUAUUUUGCUCCCCUUUUCAAUGCCAUCUGUUUUUAAAUGUGUAAUUUAAAUCAAGAUAUUUCUCAUCCUGAAACAAUGGUGAUAAAGCACACUUUGUUUUUCCUCCAUGUCUCUAUCUUUGUGUAAAUAUAUGCAUCAUUUAAGGGGGGUCACCCACAGUAUGUAAGGAGAACAGGGGGUGGGCAGGUAGAAAUGGGACCGUUGUAGCAGGCCGAAGGUGGAAUCUGAUUUUCACUCAUAAACUUCUUUACUCAAUUUCAGCAGGGAAGAAUCUGAAUAGCUGUUGAUUGUAGCUUUUAGACAGUACACAUGUUCAUUGGGGAGUUGAGGAGACUCUUUGACAUGGCAGCUCUCAGGCAGUGUGAACACCAUGUUUGAUCCAUAUACAGCCAUUUUAUUUUUCUCUGUAAAUUGUCAUCUUUUCCCAUCAUCUGUUAGUAGACAAACACAAGCCUGUUAAAGGGUUAAUAAAUCCCCAGAGGUUCAUCCCACCUGAACCUAAUAAUGUUACUCUAGUGUUUGACAGUAUGCAGAGAGAGAAGCAAAGGUAAAGUGAGGAUAGAAUUUAACAAAAAGUAGGUUGUUGUUUUCUCACUAUGGUCAAAGCUGAUCAAGUGUCAAAAAAUCAAAUGUCACCCUGUUAGAUGCUCACUAAAUUGUCUCAGGGCUGCAACUAACCAUAUUGCUAUUCUAAAUUAAUCUGCCAGAUAGCUUUUAAUGAUAAGGUUAUGGUUACGUUCACUCAAAAAAAAAAAGAAUACUCAGUUGUUAUGCCAAUGGAAUGUCAGGUGAAGUUUUGUAGUCCACAAAACUUUUCUGGGGCUCCACAGCAAAACGGCAUUGCAGCAUUCUAAACGCCUCAAGUAGAUCGAGACUUGAAACAUAAAAAACACAAUGAACAGCUCCAACCAGUUUUCCGGUGGAAUCCAAGUAGCCCAGAGAACCCAAAUGAAUUUGAGAAUAUGUUAUUAACACACUUUUUAAAGCUGGAAUGUUUACUUUAGCUGGUAGGCUGAAAGUGUUAGUGUGCACCUCGACUGAAAGUGCUCAUAUUUGUUUUGUCCUCACUUGUGCUCAGUCCCAUCUCCACCUUCACACCACAAUAGUCAUUUUUUACAGGCAUCUCCUGUCACUUGAUCCCCACUUUUUAGGCAGUUUAAAGAGAAAAGUGUCCCGACUCCUCCUGUUCUCCUGACCUCACCCCAAGAAGUCCAAACAGGCAGUCUGGAAUCAAAGGGGGAGAGGGUCGUCAUUGGAGUCUAUCUGCGUAAAUUCAAAUUACUGUGGUUUUCAUUGAGUUGCACAUAUGAAUGUGUGACUUGCUAUGAUGAGAGAACACAUUUUGCUUAGUGGUACUAUGUCUGAGUCUGCAAGAAUCCAAAACAAAGCCAUAAUGUGCAAAAAAAAAAAAAUUUUUUUUAAUGUUGUCAUCCAUUGUGAAGGGACUCUUUGACCCUGAGGUUAUGUCUCAAUUAAAGCCACAGUAGUUCUGACAAUGUGCUAUUUGGUUGGUUAGAAUGAAACUGAUACAGAAGAAAAACUAAAGGUGUGUUAAUAAUGCAGCAAAUUUGUUGACACACAGAAGAAAAUUAGGGCCAAAAAUGAAGUUCGAAAAGUGUAUGUUAUGAAUUGCAAAAAGAGUCUGAGAUUAGAGUUGUAUUGAUUCAUUCAGAACUUUAUUCAUACGGCCUUAAUCCUCUUCUGGGAGUGUCUGGUGAUGCAGAACAGAGGUGAUGUUUUUGAUUGUGGCUGGGUUUGAAGACGAUAUGAAAGGAAUCUUCAGCUGUCUCAACUUUUGCUUGGUUUAUUUUAGUUCCCUGUGUUUGUACUGUUAUGAAAGGGUGAGUACUAAAAGUAAGUUGUUAAUUGGAUAAUUAUAAUGCCUGUGAAUCCCCACUCUAGUGAGGGGUUCCACUGGUUUUAUAAGAAAGUUCGGUCCCAAUGUGGGCUUUGUAAUAUUUCUCGGAGAAAAAAAAGAAAUUGAAGUCUUGAGUUUGUAGCAAAUACUAAUCUGUGUAAAAAUAAGUGAAAAACUGGCAUAUUUUAAACUUUUUUACAUCUAAACUGUGUAAUUCUGCUCCAGUAUUUUGGAGAUGGCUCUAAUAGGCUACUGUACAUGUGAAACAUUGCUCUCCGUCAUAGUGUGGGUGGGGUGGUCAUUGAAACCCAGAGGCAACAUUCAAAAGGGACAGGGUGCUGAUUUUUGUAUGAUGGAGAGACGGACAUGCUACAAUUUAAACUUUUCUCAAGUGUUUUUUAUUCCAAUGUCUCUGUAUCCUUUAAUGUAUCUUGAUAAGAAAAGAAAUAAAGAUUUUUUUUUUCUUUGUGGUCA